AUGGCGGCGCCCUCGCAGCUGGUCCUUCGCGCGCGCGCCAGCACGAGCUUGCUGGCGUCGCUUCGGGGUACGAAAGCCUUCGGCCAGGUCUCGAGAGCGGAGGCUGCCCACUUGAAGGCUUUGAUCCAGUCCUCUGGGCACGCCGAUCGGGACCAGAUACAGGCGCUCGCAGAGACGAUCCGUGCAGCAGGCUUCCAGGGGAAAGACCAGUCCGAUCUCUUGGACGCGGUCGCUGAGGUCGCGGCCGCAGCGCCCGCGGCCCCCGAGAUGCCCAGCAAGGGAGGACAGCAGGAUUUCGAAUCUGCCGUCUUUUUUGUGCCGAAGGCGAUGUGGGACCAGCUGGCCAGGACAGCGAAUACCGAAGAAGUGUUCGCCUUGUAUGGCAAGCUCGGCCUGCGCCAGAGGUUCUCCGAGGGGACCAUGCACGCGUUGGGGCUCGUCAUCCUCUGCGUGACGGAGGGCGUGGAUGAAACUUUGAGGAUGGCGCCAGCCGCGCGCACUAAUAGCAUCAAGCCCAUUAAGGCUGCCUACAAGCGCUUCGCCGCCGACCUCCCGAGCCCGCCAGUCUGGGUGGAGAAGUUGCCGAGCAGCCCGGAGGCCCUGAGGGCGCAGCACCCCGAAGUUUUCAAGGCAGCGUACCCAGACGGCCUCGGGGAGAUGCAGUUCCCCUUGCCAGUGCGCGUCUUCCGAGAGCUGGUGUCAGUCACCAAGAUGCGCGUGCACGGUUCCUCAAAGAAGAGCCCCUCGGCCUCGGUGAUGUCCGCGGCGCCAAUGACUGAGAUGGGGAUGGUCGUCAGCAUGUUGGGCGAGGCGCUCAAGAGCGUCGUCCAGCAGGGCCAGCCGAAAAACGACAUUGGCUUGCGGAUGCUCACGCAGACGCCGAGGAGCAGACCUCACGUGUCACCAGCCCCGCCCUUGCCGAUCCAAGACAAGGCCUCAGAAGAUGAGGCCGAGGAGGUCGACCAGCACGAGGCGGGCCAGGAGCAGCCCGCGGAGGCGAAGAAACCGCUCACGGUGGAUGAGGCCACGAAAGCCCUCCUGGCCAAGUCGGGCGUGAAGCGCAAGGCAGGGGGCCCUCCCGCGGCGAAGGCCAAGGCGAAGGCCAAGGCCAAGCCCAUGAAGGCAGCGAAAGACUCUGGGAAGGGCUACAAGGCCACGGUCACAGUGUCGUACUCUCACGAGAAGAGCCGCCAGCAGUUCCUGGGCCGCUGCAGCGAGACCAAGAGCGCCGCGUUUUGCUACAAGGGGAAGAGCAAGAACGCGGUCGAGAACGAAGUCAAGGCGUGGUGCCGCGAGCAGUGCAAGAAGUUCAAGGUGCCCAUCUCGCCGAAAUUCAAGGCCUGA